CUAACUUAUCAAGCCAUGCUUGCCACCGUUCUGCUAUUCGCUCUGCCGUUUUGCACCGCAGAGUCAGCAUCCAGUUAUGCAGGAUCAACCGUCGUUGAUUCUUAUCCUCCCCCCGGUGCCACCAACACUGCUAUCGACACUUACUUCCCGGAUGCACCUCAAGUCGGUUAUGCAGGUCCAACGCCUACUGGUGCUGAACCUGCGGCAAUUGUCACUGCCAUCCCGUUCUCUAAGGUCGAAAACGUAUUUCCCUUGUCGAGGCCCAAUUCGGCAGACAGCGCAGACAUCACCUUCAAUGUGAUGCGUCAUUGGGGGAAUUUGGCCCCCUUGUACUCUGUGGAGUCGUUUGGUCUUUCUGGUGCAUCCCCUGUCAUCCCAGAAGGGUGUGGCAUCAACGCAGUGCAUCUCUUGAUGCGCCAUGGAGCCCGUUAUCCAACCUCUGGUUCCGGAGUUUCUGACUUCGCCUCUGAUAUUCAUGCUGCUGCAUCGGACGAAGGCUUCAGUGUCACUGGUGAUUUGGAAUUCUCGGCAACCUGGACAUAUAAGUUGGGCGCAGAAACCUUGACGCCUUUCGGCCGCGACUCGCUCUUCAGCAACGGGGUUGCUUUCCGUUACAGAUAUGGCGAGUUGCUCAAUGCCUUUACGGAUCUCCCAGUAUUCCGUACUACUUCUGAAGAUCGAAUGGUGGAUUCUGCCCUGAACUUUGCUGCAGGCUUUUUUGGGCUCGGAACUUACGAGACCGACUAUCACCAGGAGAUCAUCAUCGAGGAGAACAAUUUCAACAACACCCUCGCUCCUUAUGAUGUGUGCCCCAACUCCAAUACGGCGGAUAUCGGUAACUUCGGUGGCACUCAGGGUAAUAAAUGGGCGGAUAUCUAUCUCAAAGAUGCUCGGAAGCGCUUGCAACCAAUGAUCAAAGGAUUUAAUUUGACUAUCUCACGAUUGGUUGAUAUGCAGGAAAUGUGCGCGUAUGAGACCGUGGCCCUCGGAUAUUCCAAGUUUUGCGAUCUCUUCACUGAGAAAGAAUGGGAAGGAUACGAGUAUUACGUCGAUCUUAAUUUCUGGUACAGCUAUGGACCAGGUAGUCCAACAGCAGCAGCGCUGGGCCUUGGCUAUGUUCAAGAACUGGUGUCACGUCUCACUCACACUCCCAUCAAUGUCUGGAACAGCAGCACCAACAGCACUCUUGACUCGAGCAACAUCACAUUCCCUCUUAGUCAACCUACAUAUGUGGACGCUAGCCACGACGUGAUCAUUUCCACUAGUAUGCUGCCACCUCCUUCCUCUCCGAUGCCAGACUACUGACGGAAGGGCUCGGUCGUUACUGCUCUGAACUUCACUAGUCUAGCUGCAACUGGUCCUCUGCCAACCGACCAUAUACCCCAUCAUCGUUCUUUCAUUGUCAGCCAGAUUGCUCCUUUUGCCUGCCAGCUUGUAGCGCAGGUGCUCAGUUGCCCGGCCUCCGAGGAGCCGACCCAUAUCCGGUUCCUUCUGAAUGAUGGUGUGGUGCCGCUAACGGGCAUCCAUGGUUGCAUGGAAGAUUCGAAUGGUCUCUGCGCACUACCCAGCUUCAUCAGCGGGAUGUAUGAACGAAUUGGGGAGAUCAACUAUGCGCAUGAUUGCUUCGCCAAUUAUACCAUGCCCAAUCCCGACAACAUAAUCGAUGGAAGAUACCCUAGUUAAAAGGAUGAUUG